AUGGCUUCACUCAUGGUACCGCCUGGGUACCGACCAGUCCCACUCGAUCGUUGCCCGCCAGAGGUUAGAGCAAUCAUAUUCAAGGAAGUUUUAAAGGCAACCAAACCCAUGGAAGAAGCUCUACGCAUCCAAGGGAAUAGAAACACUGACGGAGUAGCGCCUAGUCACGAAGAAAACGGCAGUGAUGAGGACCAAGGUAGUGACAAGGAGGGAUCCGUCGUCUGGGAUGACCCAUUAAACACAGAGGAAAUCAUACGCGAAUUCACCUCUGCCGACCGACACAAGGAGAAGGGAGAAUCUCUACGACUUCAAUUGGAGUGGAUCGAUUGCAAUGGUGGUUCACGUAUCCUCAACUCGGAGCUCCUCCAUAUCAACAGGGCCACGACAACCGAAGUCCUUUCCUGGCUACUCCCACUUACCUUGUUCAAGGCUUGGACGCCGAUGGAACUCGAGCGUCUCGGUCGACGGAUGACCAUCCAGAUUGGCAUAAUGCGGGCAGGAAAAUCGCCAACCUGGAAUGUAGAGGUAGAGAUGGGAACUCACGCGGGAAUCGACAACCACUGGAAGACUUGUGAGGGCGCUCAUGGUGCAGAUGGAUUCGUCCUCGAGGUGUUUGAAGAGUGGAUGCGUGCCUUGCAACUGCUUCCUCCAAAAACUCUCGUCAUCUUGAGAUUCUCCAAGAUCUGGAGAGAUUUUCAGCGGUUGAGGGAGCUGGCAAUUCGACAUGGCCUUCCCAGCAGGCAUUUCAUUUGUUAUUUUCCGAGGCCGAGGAAUCCAUACCCAGAUUACGACUUUUGCCAACGACAAAUGGAGCUUGCGUUGCGCAACCGCGUAGAUCUGAGAGACUACGACUUGUCCAGGACGGAGGUAGAGAGGCUGGAAAGCCACGGAUGUAGAGGGUUCCCAUCCGCAGAAAGAACCCAAACACAUCAACAGGCGUAG